AGUGUGUUCGCCAGAGGAUACUACAAGAGGGGGAUUAAUGAGGGGUGGUUUUUUACUGUGUAAAAUUCAGGAUUUGAAAAGCAAGAAAUAAACUAAAAGGGUUAAAUGAUGAGACAAUACAUGUUAAUCAUGUUAAUUAAUAACUUCCCUUGAAGAUCACUUUAAGGGAAAACCUAAUUAUUUGUUACAAGCUAUGAUAGUCUGUGACAGGAAGUGUCUCCACCCGGGCCAGACAUGUCUAUGUAAACACCAAACGCCCCCCUCACCUCAUGCACGACUCGCACCUGCAUCUGUUUGGUCUGAUUCUACUCCAGUUCCAGAACCAAACCAAAGACACAACCGCCUCCAGGCUGUUGAUGUGGGACAGACUACCCGGGAGGAGCCACCUGUCUCCGCGGCGGCGCACAGGCGCGCAGCCGCAGGUAGGGGGCGGCACUAUGGCGAUGAGCGCAGCACCAGGCGCGCGCAUUUACGCAUUCGCUUUGGCAGCCCGGGUCAGUCCGCUCUGAGACCGCUUGAACAACCCUUAUAUGUAAAAGAAAGAAAGAUCCACUUGAGGGAGACGAGCCCGAGAGCGCUCACAAUGCCGGGCUCGGUGUCGCUCUCGGACCGACAGCCUCCAUCAGGUCACGGGAAAGACGCGGCUGCGUCCCCCGCUGCUCCAGCUCCGAUGUCCGGCGCAGCCUCCGCGCUCCUCCCGGCCGGGAUGAGCGCCGCCUCUGCUGCUGCGUUUCCCAUCCGGAACAUGAAGAUGAAAUUUGCUGUUCUCAGUGGACUUAUCCAGGCUGGAGAGGUUAGCAACCGGGAUAUUGUGGAAACGGUGCUGAAUUUGUUGGUGGGUGGCGAGUUCGAUCUGGAGACAAACUUCAUCAUCCAGGACGCAGAAAGCAUCAGCUGCAUGGCAGAGCUGCUGCAGUACUGCAACGCCAACUGCCAGGCGGAAGUCUGGAGCAUGUUCAUCGCCAUGCUUCGAAAAAGCGUUCGAAACCUGCAGACAAGCACCGAAGUGGGUCUGAUCAAACAGGUGCUGCUCAAAAUGAAUUCAGUGGAUGACAUGAUUGCAGACUUGCUGGUGGAAAUGUUGGGUGUGUUGGCCAGCUACAGCAUCACAGUCACAGAAUUAAAGCUGCUCUUCAGCAUGCUGCGAGGAGAAGGUGGUUUCUGGCCCAGGCAUGCUGUUAAAAUGCUGUCCGUGUUGAAUCAAAUGCCCCAGAGACACGGUCCAGACACCUUCUUCAACUUUCCUGGUCGCAGUGCAGCCGCCAUUGCUUUACCUCCUAUUGCUAAGUGGCCUUAUCAGAAUGGGUUUACAUUUAACACCUGGUUCAAAAUGGAUCCACUGAAUAAUAUCAGUGUUGACAAAGACAAGCCAUAUCUGUAUUGCUUUCGUACCAGUAAGGGCAUCGGCUACUCUGCACAUUUUGUUGGGAACUGUUUGAUUGUGACAUCGCUGAAGUCUAAAGGAAAAGGUUUCCAGCAUUGUGUGAAAUAUGACUUUCAACCCAGGAAGUGGUACAUGAUCAGCAUCGUUCACAUCUACAGCCGCUGGAGGAACAGUGAGAUCAGAUGCUAUGUAAACGGACAGCUGGUUUCGUACGGAGACAUGGCGUGGCAUGUUAACACGAAUGAUAGUACUUUUAAGUUCAAAUCCGAGAGUGAUAUCCAUCUAGCUGAGCAUCACAAGCAGGUGUUGUACGACGGCAAACUGGCGGGCUACAUCGCCUUCACCUACAACGCCAAGGCCACAGAUGCCCAGCUUUGCCUGGAGUCCUCCCCUCGAGAAAAUGCCUCCAUCUUUGUGCACUCACCACACGCCCUUAUGCUGCAGGAUGUGAAAGCCAUAGUGACUCACUCCAUCCACAGUGCUAUCCACUCCAUUGGUGGCAUCCAGGUGCUUUUUCCACUUUUCGCUCAGCUGGACUAUCAGCAGCCGAGGGACGGCCAGGUGGAAACAACCGUCUGUGCCACUCUCCUCGCCUUUCUUGUAGAGCUGCUUAAAAGCUCUGUGGUGAUGCAGGAGCAGAUGCUGGGUGGAAAAGGCUUUUUGGUAAUAGGGUACCUGCUAGAGAAGUCCUCACGCGUCCACAUCACCCGCCCCGUGCUGGAGCAGUUCCUGUCUUUUGCAAAAUACCUUGAUAGUUUGACACUGGGAGCCCCAAUGCUGAAGCAGCUGUGUGACCACAUCCUGUUCAAUGCUGCCAUUUGGAUUCACACCCCUGCCAAGGUACAACUGUCUUUAUACACAUACCUUUCUGCUGAAUUCAUCGGCACAGCAACAAUUUACAGCACGAUUCGCCGCGUGGGGACCGUCCUUCAGCUCAUGCACAUGUUGAAGUACUAUUACUGGAUCACCAAUCCAGCAGACAGCAGUGGAAUCACUCCAAAGGGUAUUGAUGGUCCAAGACCCACGCAGAAGGAAGUAACUUCUCUGCGGGCGUUCAUUCUACUUUUCCUCAAGCAGCUCAUUUUAAAGGAUCGAGGUGUGAAGGAGGACGAAUUACAAGGCAUCUUGAACUAUUUGCUCACAACGCAUGAGGAUGACAAUCUGCAUGAUGUGCUGCAGUUGGUGGUGGCUCUCAUGUCUGAGCAUCCAGCUUCCAUGAUCCCUGCUUUUGACCAGAGAAAUGGGAUACGGGUAAUCUACAAGCUCCUGGCCUCCAAGAGUGAAAACCUUCGCGUGCAAUCCCUCAAAGUCCUCGGUUACUUCCUGAAACACUUGGGACACAAAAGGAAAGUGGAGAUCAUGCAUACGCACAGCCUUUUUACUCUUCUGGGUGAGAAGCUCAUGAUGCACACAAACACCUUGUCUGUCACUAUAUACAACACUCUUUAUGAGAUUCUGACAGAACAGGUGUGCACCCAGGUGGUUCACAAACCUCAUCUUGAACCUGAUUCCACUGUGAAGAUUCAGAAUCCAAUGAUUCUCAAGGUGGUUGCAACGUUAUUGAAGAAUUGCGCUCCGAGCUCGGAGCUGAUGGAGGUUCGGCGGCUCUUCCUCUCAGACAUGAUCAAGCUCUUUAGCAGCAGCCGGGAGAACAGACGGUGUCUGCUGCAGUGCUCCGUGUGGCAGGACUGGAUGUUUUCUCUUUGUUACAUCAAUCCCAAAAACUCAGAAGAGCAGAAAAUCUCAGACAUGGUGUACAACAUCUUCCGUAUCCUCCUCUACCACGCCAUUAAGUAUGAAUGGGGUGGAUGGCGUGUGUGGGUGGACACGCUCUCGAUAGCCCACUCUAAGGUGACAUACGAGGCACAUAAAGAGUACCUGGCUAAGAUGUACGAAGAGUACCAGCGUCAGGAGGAGGAGAAUAUCAAGAAAGGGAAGAAAGGUUUGGUCAGCACCAUCUCGGGUCUGUCUGCUCAGACGAGUGUCAUGGAGAUGAGAGAAAUGAACGACAACUCCCAGACACCCGAAAGCGAGACGGAAUACGAGAGCGCCGACUCUCGCAACCUGCUGUCAGACAGGAAGGAGAGUUUCAAAGGAUCAGAAGGUACAGUGGGCGGAGUCAGGGUUGAAGUUCAUGACCUUCUGGUGGACAUCAAGGCUGAAAAGGUGGAGGCCACUGAGGUUAAGUUGGACGAUGGAGACUUUCCCUGUGAAACUGAAAAUGGAUCUCUAGUAGAGGUCGAUUCCCUGCUGGAUAAUGUUUAUUGCACUGCAGUAGGAAAGCUCAACAAUAAUGUCGGCUGUAUGUUGUUGCCAAAGAGCAGUAUGGACGACCAAAACACAACACCUCUUAUCUCGCUGGAUGAUGAGGAAGGCGUCCCGCGCGGCAAUAACUUCCUGUUUCCUAAAGCUAAAGGCAGCACGGAGGACAAGCUGAUACCUGAUCUGGGUUCAGACGGAGCUCUAAUUCUUCAGAGUCCAGAGAUGCCUGCUCACUCAAGGCCAGAUAAUGAACUCAGUCUUUUAUCUAACGUGACAAAUAGCACUUUACCCGACGUCCCAGUGAAGGGUGAAAAACAGACAAUCCUUGAAGGGAUUAGCUUUCUGACUGCAACCGAACCCAAUACCCUAUCUGUAGUCCCAGAGGUUGCAGAUGCAACUGAUGUGAGCCGGUUGACUGACAACACUAGUAGUGGAUUAGAGACGACAAUCAACACUUCUGACUCGGGAACAUUGGAGAACGGCAAAGAAAAGGAGAGGAAAAUUCGAACAACAGCCACCACACAGAGCGUUCAUGGACACUUGGUUUCUCAGGCGGAAAGAGAUAUCCGCGUGGACCUGGGAUUUCAGGGCACGGCCACGGCCGAGGAGCGGCGGCGUCAGUUCAGCCCGGGCCCGCGCACGACAAUGUUCCGCAUCCCUGAGUUCAAAUGGUCACCCAUGCACCAGAGACUCCUCACCGACCUGCUGUUUGCCCUGGAGAGCGACGUCCAUGUGUGGCGGAGCCAGUCCACCAAAUCUGUCAUGGACUUUGUUAACAGUAAUGAAAACAUCAUCUUUGUCCACAACACCAUCCAUCUCAUCUCACAAAUGGUGGACAACAUCAUUAUUGCUUGUGGAGGGAUUUUGCCUCUUCUCUCAGCAGCUACGUCUCCCUCUAACGAGAUGGAAAACAUGGAGGCCACGCAGGGCAUGUCCUCAGACACCGCCAUCACCUUCCUGUCCCGUCUCAUGGUCAUGGUAGACGUCCUGGUCUUCUCCAGCUCCCUGAACUUCAGUGAGAUAGAAGCUGAGAAGAACAUGUCCUCGGGUGGCCUGAUGCGCCAGUGCCUCAGACUGGUGUGCUGUGUGGCUGUGAGGAACUGUCUGGAGUGCAGGCAGAGACACAACAACCAGACUCAGGAACUCCUGCAAAAGCCAAACGCUGCGACUUUCAGCAAACCGUCGAUGGAGAGACUCCCCAACAACCUGUCUCCACUCAAGAAUCCAGACCGCCUCCUGCAGGACGAGGACAUCAAUCGACUGCGAGCUGUAGUGUUCCGUGAUGUGGACGACAGCAAGCAAGCGCAGUUCCUGGCUUUAGCGGUGGUGUACUUCAUCUCUGUCCUCAUGGUCUCCAAAUACCGUGACAUCCUUGAACCUCAACGCGAGCCGGCCAAGAUAAACAGCCAUCCAGGUCCCGGCGUGGCUCAGGAAAUCCUCCCCCCAACCAGAACAGAAACACCAAUAGCAUUUCAAAGCAGUAAAAACCAUCUGGUUUCACCAGAAGACAUAAGCGUGGAAAACUCUCUUCACCAUACAGACUCAGGGAUCGGAGAUGAGCAGGUCGUCAGUGUCAUCAAUGGGUCGGACCUGGAUCACAGAGGGGAAGGUCCCGGCGCCAUGAGCGAGCUCAUAUCCACGCUGUCCUUAGAGGUGAAGAAGUCUCAGGAAAGCCUUUCUGAACCCUCCACUGUGGAGAUGCUCAAACCACACUCGUCCAUCGGUGAAAUCGGUCAGCCCAACAAGAAUGUCAACAUCAAGGAGAUCCUGAAGAGCCUGGUAGCAGCUCCAGUGGAGGCCGCGGAGGCCGGGCUGGAUCCUUUGCUUUAUUCAGAUUCUGCUGCUAAAGCCCAACCCAUUCUACCUGUCCAGUUUCACUCCUUUGACAGGAGUGUGGUGGUGCCAGUGAGAAAAACGUCCCCUGGAGGGUUAGCAGUUAACACACUGGGAACCAGCAGCACCACCUCCCCAGGGUUCACAGCUUGCAGCACCCCCAACAUCUUUGCAGCUGCCUCUGCAACCCCCAAAAGCAUGAUCAACACAACCGGAGUCGCCGAGGCGGCCUCUGCGUCUUCUGCCUCCUCCUCCUCUUCCUCCAGUUUCGUCAAUGGAGCGACCAGUAAAAACCUUCCAGCCGUGCAAAAGGUGGCCCCCAUGCCUGAGGACACAGUAGAGAGCAUGAGUGCCUUUAGUGAAACAGACCUCAAUCGGUUGUGUAACAGACUGACACCUCCUGAAGUCAAACCCUUUAGCUCCCCGGCAGUCUCCAGAGAUGCAGGCCAGUGUCUUAGCAUCACUACAAAGCUAGAAAGAGCCUUGGAGAAAGUGGCGCCGCUUCUGAGGGAAAUCUUUGUGGACUUUGCGCCUUUUCUGUCCCGCACUUUGCUGGGCAGCCAUGGACAAGAGCUGCUUAUAGAAGGUUUAGUGUGCAUGAAGUCAAGCACCUCCGUGGUGGAGCUUGUCAUGCUGCUUUGUUCUCAGGAGUGGCAAAACUCCAUUCAGAAGAAUUCUGGCCUGGCUUUCAUAGAACUAAUUAAUGAAGGAAGGUUGCUUUGCCACGCCAUGAAGGACCAUGUUGUUCGGGUUGCCAAUGAGGCGGAGUUCAUUCUGAACAGGCAGCGAGCGGAAGACGUCCACAAACAUGCCGAGUUUGAGUCCAACUGUACCCAAUAUGCUGCCGAUAGAAAAGAAGAGGAGAGGAUGUGUGACCACCUGAUCACUGCAGCCAAACGCAGAGACCACGUCACGGCCAACCAGCUAAAGCAGAAGAUCGUCAACAUCCUCACCAACAAACACGGCGCCUGGGGUACGCCUGGCCAGAGUCGGCUGCAAGAUUUCUGGCGUCUCGAUUACUGGGAAGACGACCUGCGGCGGCGGAGAAGAUUUGUCAGGAACCCAUUUGGCUCCACCCACUUAGAUGUUGCAUGCAAAUCCUUGCAGGAGUACGCUUUGAAGGAGGAUGAGGUGGUCAAGUCCAAGUUGGUUUUCCGGAGCCCGGUUGUGCCCGUUCAGAACCCUGAGACGGAGCUCAUCCUGGACGGCGAGGACGAUAACGUCAGCCUGCUGCAGGAGAAGGAGGUGGACAACCUGGGUGGCCCGCUGGUCCUGAGCAGCUCGGCCCAGCUGGUCGCCCCGGUUCUGGCUGCGCGCGGGACUCUGUCCAUCACCGCCUCUGAAAUCUACUUCGAGGUGAACGAAGAUGACCCGGACUUCAGGAAGGUCGACCCUAAGGUCUUGGCUUACACCGAGGGUUUGCAUGGGAAGUGGAUGUUUAGUGAGAUCAGAGCGGUCUUUUCCAGGUGCUACCUUCUGCAGAACACUGCUCUGGAAGUCUUUAUGGCCAACAGAACCUCCGUGAUGUUUAACUUUCCUGACCAGGCCACGGUCAAGAAAGUUGUCUACAGUCUUCCUCGAGUAGGAGUGGGCACCAGCUACGGACUUCCACAGGCCAGGCGUAUUUCUCUGGCAACCCCUCGGCAACUUUUCAAAUCCUCCAACAUGACCCAACGCUGGCAGCGACGGGAAAUCUCAAACUUCGAGUAUCUCAUGUUCCUCAACACCAUCGCUGGGAGGACUUACAAUGACCUGAACCAGUACCCAGUCUUUCCCUGGGUCCUCACCAACUAUGACUCUGAGGAGCUGGACCUGACCUUACCAAGGAACUUCAGAGAUCUCUCAAAGCCUGUCGGUGCGUUGAAUCCAAAGCGAGCUGCGUUUUAUGGUGACCGUUAUGGAACAUGGGAGGACGACCAGACACCGUCUUGUCAUUACACCUCCCAUUACUCCAGCACUUCCACCACCCUGCACUGGCUUGUCAGAAUAGAACCUUUCACCACCUUCUAUCUUUGUUCCAAUAAAAACAAGUUUGACCAUCCGGAUCGCACGUUUUCUUCUAUUGCUCGCUCCUGGAGGAGCUGCCAGAGGGACACCUCCGAUGUGAAGGAGCUGAUUCCUGAGUUCUACUAUCUCCCAGAGAUGUUUGUGAACAGCAACAACUACAAUCUGGGAAUGAGAGGGGACGGGAGCGGGAUUUGUGAUGUGGAGCUGCCGGCGUGGGCCAAGAAGCCUGAAGACUUCGUUAGGAUAAACCGGAUGGCUCUGGAAAGCGAGUUUGUGUCAUGUCAGCUGCAUCAGUGGAUUGACCUAAUUUUUGGCUACAAGCAGCGAGGCCCGGAGGCGGUGCGUGCCCUCAACGUCUUCCACCACCUGACUUAUGAGGGCUCCGUCAACCUGGACAGCAUUGGUGACCUGUCGCUCAGACAGGCCACAGAGGCGCACAUUCAGAGCUUUGGACAGACGCCAUCUCAGUUGCUUAUUGAGCCACAUCCUCCACGCAGCUCUGCCAUGCACCUGAGUCCUCUCAUGUUCAAGGACCAGAUGCAGCAGGACGUCAUCAUGGUGUUGAAGUUUCCUUCCAAUUCCCCUGUAACCCACGUCGCUGCCAACACUUUGCCCCAUCUUACAAUACCUGCUGUGGUCACCGUCACCUGCAGUCGCCUGUUUGCCGUCAACCGAUGGCACAACACCGUUGGUCUCCGAGGAGCACCGGGCUACUCUCUGGACCAAGCCCAUCAUCCAUCAGAUCACAGACUUAGUGGACCAAAGCAUCCGAAUCACCACACAUUGUUUUGUGGUGACAGCUGACAACCGCUACAUCCUGGUGUGUAGCUUCUGGGACAAGAGCUUCCGCGUGUACUCCUCUGAGACAGGUAAGCUGACUCAGAUAGUCUUUGGCCACUGGGACGUGGUGACAUGUCUGGCCAGGUCGGAGUCUUACAUUGGUGGGGACUGCUACAUUGUCUCCGGGUCAAGAGAUGCUACCCUGUUGCUGUGGUACUGGAGUGGACGGCAUCAUAUUAUUGGCGACAAUCUCAAUAAUGGUGACUACCCAGCACCACGAGCGGUUCUGACUGGUCAUGACCAGGAAGUGGUUUGUGUGGCCGUGUGUGCAGAGUUAGGUCUGGUCAUCAGCGGAGCUAAAGAGGGUCCAUGUCUGGUGCACACCAUCACAGGGGACUUGCUGCGAGCUCUGGAGGGACCAGACCAUUGUUUGUGCCCACGCCUCAUCUCAGUGUCCAGUGAGGGCCACUGUAUUAUCUACUAUGAGAGGGGGCACUUCUGCAACUUCAGCAUUAAUGGGAAACUGCUGGCACAGAUGGAGAUCAAUGAUUCCACCAGGGCCAUCCUCCUGAGCAGCGACGGCCACAACCUGGUGACCGGAGGAGAUAACGGCGUGGUGGAGGUGUGGCAGGCUUGUGACUUCAAACAGCUUUACGUCUAUCCAGGCUGUGAUGCGGGCGUCCGAGCCAUGGACCUAUCACAUGAUCAAAGGACUUUGAUCACGGGCAUGGCUUCUGGCAGCAUCGUGGCGUUUAACAUCGAUUUCAACCGAUGGCACUACGAGCAUCAAAACGGGUACUGACGAGAGAUGAGGAGCGCUGAGGUCAGAGGUCAGAGGAACAUCUACCAAGCCUGGCUGAACCCACAGCGAAAUAAUUCAAGGAGCGUGAAGGAGAUCUACCGAGCAAGACGAACAAAUGGACGUCGUAACAUUCGUUCCACUGCUUCCUGAGACAGAUGAGAGCUGUUAUGUUCAGAUCUGUUACUCUGGAGGAUUAAAGCUGUGAUCAAAACAAAAAGUGACGAUAAUUAUGCCUAAAUGCAAAAAUUAGGCCCAACUAGUUUAUUCCUCUACUAGGAACAUUUCUACAUUUGUACGUUAGAUACUUAGAAUAAUUUUUAUACCAAAAAGAAUAUAUCAAAAUGUUUCUUACCUAAAAGGCUGAAAAGAAAUCUAAAAAUAAGCUUUUAUUUUGACAGCCACAAAAACAUGUUAAGAUUGUCUUCAUUUGUUGUUAUAUUGGAAAACCUCCUGAAAAGGUUCUGUUUUUUGAACGACAAAAUGUUCACUCAUAAUUUGUAUGAAGUCUGCGUGUAAAAUUCAGUCAGUCUUUUGUGAGAAAUGUUUUUGAUAUGUCCGAAAUUAGGAAUUACAUUUUUUUUCUAUAUUUAUGUUAAAUUAGGGACUUUAGUCGAGGCUGAAAGCUUCUGUAAAAUAAAAAAAAUGUACUUUUUCUUUCCUCACAGAUGUAUGUAGAGUCGGAUUGUCGUGUGUUAGUGACUGUUGUCGUAAAACUGUUUAAUAUCAUUUAAAGACGGUGCGAUUGUUGGGUCUCGUUCAGUGCGGAUUUACAUUAUUUGACCACAGGUUAAUUUGUAAAGCAAAAAAAAAAAGUUCUGAUCUGAUAAGCAAUAUUUUCAAGUUUUGGUAACUUGUUCAAUGAUGCAUUUCAGGUAUAAUGAUUAAACCUAAUAAACAUUUCUGAGAGUCUGCA